GGAAGAAAGCGAGUAAAAAGCUGGGUGCUGUGACUGAGUUAAGGAACAAGGGACGCUUUGAUGUUGUGGCAGAGAGGUUAGCUCAAGCUCCAGUGGAUGAGAGGCCGGUGAAGAAGACUGUGGGCCUAGAUCUGAUGUAUGCAGAGGUUUGCAGAUGCAUCCAAUAUGAACAACUGGGAAUUAUUUGGGUUGUAUGGUAUGGGUGGUGCCGGGAAAACUACCCUCAUGACCAAAGUGAAUAAUGAAUUCAUCAGAGCAAGCAAGGGCUUUGAAAUCACCAUUUGGGUUGUAGUGUCCAGGCCCGCAAGUGUGGGAAAAGUACAGGAAGUCAUUCGCAACAAAUUAGACAUCCCGGAUAAUAGAUGGAGAAAUAGAAGUGAGGACGAGAAGGCAGUAGAAAUUUUCAAUGUCUUGAAGGCAAAAAGGUUUGUGUUGUUGUUAGAUGAUGUAUGGGAACGGCUUGAUCUCCAAAAGUUGGGGGUUCCUUCUCCUAAUUCCCAAAACAAGUCUGAAGUAAUAUUAACAACCCGAUCUCUGGAUGUUUGUCGUGAUAUGGAAGCUCAAAAAAGUAUUAAGGUGGAGUGUUUGACACAAGGGGAGGCUAUUAAUUUGUUCAAGAAGAAGGUUGGAGAGACUACUCUAAAUUCACAUCCAGAUAUACCACAACUCGCUGAAAUUGCUGCUAAAGAGUGCAAAGGUCUACCACUUGCACUCGUUACUAUUGGGCGAGCUAUGACCGGCAAGAACACACCACAAGAAUGGGAGCGAGCAAUACAAAUAUUGAAGACUUUAUCCAUCAAAGUUUUCAGGUAUGGGAGAUCAUGUGUUUCCGGUCCUGAAAUUCAGUUAUGA